AUGCCUAAUAUUGAAAACUUAGCAAGAAAACCCUUUACUAAAGAUAAUCGCAAUCCACUCCUCACUGCUCGCCGGGAAGAAAUCCUCUACCGGGAAGAUAUCAAAACCUCCUUUGGCUAUGCCAUUGCUGGUCUGACUAUCUCACUGGCUAUCGCGGGUGGCGUCUAUGUCAUUGCACUUGAAAAUCCUACGUCGACUGAUGACCAACUUACCUAA